UUCUUUGUCUUUCUUGUAUUAUUAGCUUUUUUUAUUUAUAUGUAUGUUUUAUUUAUGGCACACUGAAGAUGGCGUUGAUUCCACAAUUUUUACCUUAUCUUUACCUUUUUUUUAUUAUCUCUUUUCUUUAUCUAUAUUUACUUAUUUUAGAAAAAUAUUCAUACAAGAUAACUCUGAUUAACUGUGAUUUUAAAUAUUUAUAAAAAUAUUUUAUUGACAAUCAGCAAGUACAAUUACUAUAUUAUCGGCAAAAUAUUUCGUUCAAAAAAUAAUAGAUAGCGUAAUAAAACAACUAAUUUUCCAUAAUUUUGACAUUUGUCCUGAAUUAUAUGUCUUUGUGAGACAGAAAGGUUAUAUGUACUACAUAACUUCUUGUUAAAUUAUUUACUGAUAAUUAUUUACUCUGACAAUGACAUCUGUCAAAGAUCCAUUAAGAGAAGACAUUGAAAGUGAACCACCACCUUUUUUGGAAAAUUCAGCAGAUCAUAAUUUAAGAUGUGAAUCGCCAAAACGUGGAACUACUCUUUCGACAAGUACAAGUAGCUUCGAAGCAUUGGAUCCUCAUGAUCCGAAUCUUAGUCGUUUAGCUAAUACGAUGUUUCAAAAAACUGGAGAAUAUUUACAAGAAGAACUUACCGCCACUCAUGCCGAUUAUCGUUUAUUAGAACGAUUAAAUAAAGAAACUAUUGCGAAGUAUACAGAGUUAAAAACAAUAUCAUCUAGUGUAGCUCAAUCUUUGGAUUCUUUAAACGAAAAAUAUAAAAAGUUACAACCAAUUUUAGAUAAUAUUAAUGAAAUUGACGAUAGUGUAACUAAAUUAGAACAAGCUGCAUAUAAAUUAGCAGCAUAUUCAAAACGAUUAGAAGCAAAAUUUAAGGAUAUUGAAAAAGAUACAAAAAAUAAAUAAAAUUGUAAUUUAUCAAGAUAGAAAUAUACAAUUAAGUUAAAUAUUGUAUUAUUUAAUUAUUUAAAUAAGAAAUUACAUUAAUGAAAUUAAAAUUACAUUUUCUGUUAUAAAAAAGGUAAGAAAUAAAAACAAUCAUUAA